AUGCCUCAGCCGGAAAUCUCGUGUGGUGGUCUGAGCGCUGCUUUCGCAAAGUGUAAGUUGCUGCAACCCAUUCCCGCACGUAACGACAAGGAUAACAACCGCAACAAUAGCGGUUGGACGCCAGACAAUCGAGUCGAGAAGUCCUCGGGUUGGGCUUUCCAGGAUGACUCCAAUCGUAUAUGGGAGAAGACUGUCUCGCUAGCAGCGGCGCUGGCCGAAAUGCCGGCUUACGUGGUUUGA